GGAAAAUAUUCUUCGCCCCUACGGAAUGACAGCUCACUCCAUAAAGAGAGGAGCUUUGGCCCACGCCGCGGCAGCAGUGGUCGAACACGAUCUCGACCCACGACUGCUAACUCAGCUGGUGAAACAUGCAGAUCCCAUGGAACCCCCACGCAGCACGGUACGAUAUCUGGGCCAUUGGGCCGCAACAAUAAACAAGUCCGCACACUUGACAUCAUUGAUGUAAAUAAUUUGGGAAAAUGGGCAACAGCCAGCUGGACAUUGCCAGAACCUCUAACACAAGGUUUGUGUGCACCAUUUAAGGGGCACAAUAUAAUUCACCGAUCCCAC